AUGGAGAAUUUAGAUGUAGUGUAUAAUACAAAUAACUAUUUGAAGUACGAUUUUUUGGAUUAUUUACCUUUCAUUGAGAAAGGAGAAUUAGAUUAAGUAUAUAGACCAAACGAUGAUUCUUAUCUUAUGAUUGAAGCUCUGAAUCUUGAGGCAGAGAAUAGUAUUGAGUAAGGUGCUUUGAUAGUAGAAAUUGGAAGUGGAUCUGGAAUUUUGAUUAAUCAUUUAGUAUCAUUUUUGGAUAAAAAAAAUAAAAGUUCAAGUUUAGCCAUAGCAAUAGAUAUAAAUUACGAUGCAAAUAUCCUAACUCAAAAGUAUGCUAAUCAUUAUCAUUUGAGUUAAGUAGAAUGUGUUAACACUGAUGUUGCAGAAGGUUUAUAUAAUAGAUUAAAAGGGUAAGCAGAUGUGGUCAUCUGUAAUCCACCUUAUGUGCCUACAGAAGACGAAGAAGUUGCUAGCGCUUAUCAAAAAUUAUACUAAAAAGACAAGCUGCUUAAAGAGGGUAAAAUGGAAGAAAUGAAAAAAAUAAAUUGCAUCGAAGCCAGCUACGCAGGCGGAGAAGAUGGCAUGGUAGUCACAUAAAAUAUGAUUGAUACAUCACUAGAUUUGUUGGCUCCAAAUGGGAGUUUGUACAUAUUUUUAAUUUUUGAAAAUGGAGUAGAAUCUAUUGUAAAAGCUAUUUAAUAGGAAAGACCAGAAUUUAAGUGCUAAGUUCUAUUAAAGUAAAGAAAAUACAAUGAACUAUAAUAUGUAUUAAAAUGCUCUAGGUUGAAAUGA